AUGAACUCGGUGUUAUUGAUUGCUAACAUUUAUUUCUUCAAUGCAGAUUGCUUAAGUGAGUCGAGCGUUCUUCGUGCGACACUUGACGGACAAGAUACUACCGGAACGACCGUGGGAACGUGGGAUGUUAACAAGACAAAACAAGAAAUAGGCCUCGUUGGAAUUCCUGUUAGCUGUGGCCAGGAAAAACGAGGAGUCGAAGAAGGUCCGGCGUUUCUUCGAGCUGAAGGCCUUGUGUCGCGCUUAAAAGAUCUCGGUCACCCGGUUCGAGACUAUGGCGACGUCAAAGUUGAAGGCGAUUCCAACAUUACUUCAACACAUGCGAUGAAAAGCGAUUGUGUUGGGAAGACUAGCAAAAACGCCAUGAAUGCCGUCAACGAGGUUCUAAGCUCAGGCAUGCUAAGUAUAAAUCUUGGCGGUGACCACACUAUGUCCAUUGGAACAGUUUCUGCUCACGCGAUGGCCAUGGAUUCUCACAUCUCUCUUCUGUGGGUUGACGCCCAUAGCGACAUUAAUACACCUCUCUCCAGCCCAAGUGGCCACAUACACGGAAUGCCUCUUGCAUUUCUCCUCCACGAAAUGAAGCCGUUCUUGAGAAAGCCCACGGGUAUGGAAUGGAUUCAACCCUGUGUUCGAAAAGACAAUUUUGCCUACAUCGCUUUGAGAGCAAUUGACCCUUACGAAAGAUAUUUCAUGGAUAAGCUGGGAAUAACACUGUACAGUAUAGAAGACGUUGACCGCAUUGGCAUCACCGAGGUUAUUCGACUGGCCCUCGCGCAAAUCAACCCCGAAGGGACGAGAUCAUUGCACGUCAGUUUCGACAUUGAUUCCAUUGAUAUGCUUACUGUUCCAAGCACAGGAACACCGGUGAUAGGCGGUCUUUCCAUGCGAGAUGCGCUCGUUAUAGCUGAAGAGGUGCACAGAUCUGGUCAACUUCGAGUUCUGGACCUAGCUGAAGUCAACCCCAGAUUGGCGUUCGGUGAGGACGCCAAGCGGACCAUCAACUGCGGCGUGGACCUCAUAUCCUCAUUCUUCGGACGUGAGCGAAGAGGAAACCUGCCACUCAACCUGGACCCCAGAGUUAUCGAGGAGAGGGCUCGUACAAAAAUGCCAGAACAAAGCCAAAACAAAACCCCGGUCGGAGCGAAUGAGGUUCCUGUCAACGACUUCAAUGGCUGCAGUCGUUCCGCAGUUUUACAGGGUUACCUUAUGCAGUGCUCGCUAUUCUGUUUUUUAUUCGUUAUAUCGUAUUGACAUAAACAUUCACAAGACAAACAUCAAUCAAAUGAGACGAUGGAAAAUUUUUAUAGGUUCUAGUUUCAAUCAGCUUUAUCGCGA